AUGGAAGCAUGCAAUGGAACAAUGCCACUAUUCGCUGUUCAUUCGACAACCAACAGCAAGUCAACAAAUGAUCCAAAAUUGAAGAGGGGACCACUGGAUCUGAAAGUGAAAUUCUUUCCUUUUGGAGAAGCUGUGCAAACUGAUUUAACGAAACUGAUUUAUCUCAUCGCUGAGAUGCACAUAUCGAAAAAAAUGCUAAUGAAAAUAUUCCAGCAACUGAAAGCUUCCGGUAGAGAAGAGAAGGCUUCGUCGAAAGGAUUCUAA